UAAUCGGUAUUUUUACUUCCGGAUUGACAAUGUUAUACCUUGGAUUUUUGAGUAUUUAGACUGUGUCGAGGUUUCACGGGCUACAGUAGGCCGUUUGCUUUUCAACACUUAAAUUGCCUCAUACAAUAUACUGUAGCUGAACCUGGAACAGCUUGCACAGAUGCACUAAGCAUACGUCUUACAUGUAACUGGCACAAGAGACGAGCAGAAAUAAUGAAAGACCUAUUUACGGCACUUCUCAGCUUGUGGCAAAUUUUGUCUGUCUUCAGUCAGUCAAUCAAAGCACCAGGAGAUGUCGUGGCCGGUCGUCCUUUUACCCUGGAGUGUAAGAUAACCAGACCGACAGGUGACCUAUUACCUCUCAUAUGGUACCAUGAUGCUGAUAAUGUCAUAUCCCGUAUAUAUGCCACCCCUAAGUGUAGCCCAUCAAUACAGCUAUCACUAGUUGGGUUAUUCGGGGGAUGUCAAAACGUCAGCGGUGGAGAGGUUUACACAGUAACGAUAGAGAACGUCACGGAAAACACGGCCCGGGGCAGGUGGGGAUGUCAGUAUGGAAGCAGGGAGAACAAUGUUACACUGGAUAUUAAAGUAAUGGUAACCCAGGUAACUCUGACGAACUCUUCAGAUGUAGUGUUAGCGGGUGAUCCCACUACCUUAACCUGUGUGUCAUCGGCCAGUAAACCCCAGGCCUGCAUAAGGGCGUACAUACGGAGUUCUGGUAGUGUCCGGGAGCUAGACCCGCAUGACUGUAACCAGGACUCCAACUCGGUGCAGACCACAAACCGGACACUGAGGUUUACAGCUAGAGCCGAGGAGAACGGAGCUGCGCUGUACUGUAACGCCUCCAACAGUGUGACGGAUCCGCCUGUACAGUCACGAGUCAAAACACUCAAUGUACAGUUUGGUCCUGGUGACGUACAUCUCCGUAUAGAUUCCGGACAAUCGGAAAACACAGUUACCGUCACAGAAAAAAGCACAGUGACAUUUACAUGUAACACUAGUGAGUCCAAUCCUGCUGCCGUCCUCUCCUGGUACAACAACAGCAGCCCAAUAGUAGCAGCAAAGCUAUCAAAAGUGAGCUCACAGCGAGGUUCCAACUACGGAUACCUGACCACACAGCGGUAUACAGUGAGGGUUGAUGGAUAUCAGGAUGGUGAUGUUAUCAGAUAUUCACCCCGAAUAUUGUGUAACUCAACUCAAGUGACACUGUUCGAAGGCCAGAGAUUGAAAAUGUCAUGUGACGUAACAUCCAACGAUGAUGUCGUCAUCCACUGGUAUAAAAGUGGUCGUCGAAUUGAUAACGCUGUGACGACAAACUCCCGAGGUCCUGCUCGGCGUGACGUCACCAUGUCGACGGUAGAAUAUGAGUCAGCAGAAGCGAGGCUUUCCGGCGUGUAUCAGAUCGAGGCUAAUAACAGUAUUGGAUCAUCAACUAGACAAAUAAAAAUAAGUGUGAUAGAAGGUCAGUUUAUACCAAAAGAGUUGCGGCUGAUAUCCUGUACGGAAAACCAGACUUCUCUUGUAUGGGCGUCUGGCAUCGAAGACUCUCUGGUGGAGUACUAUAAGCUGGAGUACAAAGGAAGAGAGAAGGGUUGGGAGGGAGGACUGGUCAGAAAUCCGGGAAGGAUAAAACUUGUGGAGACGAAUGUGAACAAUCUACAAGCUGGAGUGUUCUAUCAGUUCAGACUUCAGCCAAACUCCGGCAUAGCUUUGUCGGAGUACGCUACAACAAACUGUACUAUUCAAGCUUCACGGCCAAUCCGUGGACAGAACAAUGUCCCUGAAGCCGGCGUCAGUAAAGGUGGUAUACUUGCCAUAGGCGUUGUUAUUGGUAUUGCAGUCGUCACUAUCAUUUAUCUUUCCGUGAGUUGCUGGCGGCGGCGAAAACCACAUUCAAGAGCAAACAAAGAGCACGGGUUUGACCAGGAGAAUACAGAACAAGUCAUGAGGGUUGUUGAAGACAGGACAUUGGAAGACAGAGGUGUUGCCGACACGGCUGGCUUCGAACAAUUUCCACACGGUCAGUAUGAAGAUCUGGACACCAGACCAAGUUCAGCAGGUCCACAUUACGAGGGGCUCACAGGAACAACAUCGCCAUCCACAUCUCGUGAGAACAGAGUGUACGAGAAUGCCACUGUGUUCUGAAGACUCAAUGCAAUUUUUGUUAUCCGGCCAUAACAAGAUAAAUACUAAUUCCUGAAUCAUAAUCUGUAUAUGUGAAGACGACAUACAUGUACUUGUAAUUAAACAUAUCGUUACGAAAUAGUGAGAAAGUUUUUAAAUGUUACAAUAAUAUAUCAAUGUUAUAAUAACAAGUAUAUCAUAAUCUCUACGGGAUUCUUAAAACGAGCCGUUAUGUUGUCUUACAUUAAAUAUUGUUUCUUGAUAGAGAACUGGUCUAUGUGGUCGCCGUCUUAUUUUACUCUCAAUUCGACUGCAUAUAAAUAAAAGAAACAUU